AUGUAUGUAGUGCCUCCGCCUGAAUCCGGUUCGGGAUCCGACCGUGAUUUAAGGGUUUACCAAACUUGGAAAGGCAGCAAUAUAUUCUUUCUUCAGGGGAGAUUUGUAUUCGGGCCAGACGUAAGAUCACUGGCCCUGACAAUAUGUCUCAUUGCUGUUCCCGUUACUAUUUUCUGCAUCUUUGUCGCGAGGAAGCUAAUGGAUGACUUCUCUGAUAGCUGGGGACUAUCUAUAGUAGCUGUUGCCGUCGUCUUCACCAUUUAUGAUUUAAUUCUUCUGCUGGUUACAUCCGGAAAAGAUCCAGGAAUCAUCCCGAGAAACGCUCAUCCUCCAGAGCCUGAAGCACUCGAUGGCAACAUGGAUGCAGGAGCUGGCCAGACUCCUCAGCUGCGGCUGCCUCGCAUUAAGGAAGUAGAGGUUAAUGGAAUCACAUUUAAGGUCAAGUACUGUGACACUUGCAUGCUCUAUAGACCGCCUCGCUGUUCCCAUUGCUCGAUUUGUAACAACUGCGUUGGAAAGUUUGACCAUCACUGCCCUUGGGUAGGCCAAUGUAUCGGUCUGAGGAACUACAGAUUCUUCUUCAUGUUUGUCUUCUCCACGACCCUUCUCUGUAUAUAUGUUCAUGCCUUCUGCUGGGUGUAUAUAAGGAAGAUCACUGACUCAGAGCAUACAACUAUUUGGAAGGCAAUGCUCAAAACUCCUGCCUCCAUUGUAUUGAUAAUCUACACAUUCAUAUCGAUGUGGUUUGUUGGUGGCUUAACAGCUUUCCAUCUGUAUCUCAUCAGCACAAACCAGACUACAUAUGAGAAUUUCAGAUACAGAUAUGAUAGGCGAAGCAACCCACACAACAAGGGAGUGGUUAACAACUUCAAAGAAACGUUUUGUUCUGCAAUACCUCCUUCAAAGAAUGACUUUAGAGCCUUGGUCCAUCGUGAACCUCCAUUGCCUCCUAGAUCUGUAGCAGGUGGGUUUAUGAGUCCAAACAUGGGUAAAGCCAACGAUGAUAUUGAGAUGGGAAGGAAAGCUGUUUGGGCAGACAUGGGUCCUGCAAUGUCAGAGCAUGGUACUAACAAUGAACGGUUGCAUGUUAAGGAUGGUGAGUUAGGCGAGCUAUCUCCUGAAGUUAGGACAACAGUUGAUGAACAGAGCGAUAGGCCUGGUGUGCAUCCGAGGCGCUCGAGCUGGGGAAGGAAAAGCGGGAGCUGGGAUAUGUCGCCAGAAGUUAUGGCCUUAGCAGGCAGAGUAGGAGGAGAACAAAACCAGAACCGUGGAGGAAGCAGCAGUGGAAGUGGUCUAGUGACUGAGAACCGGCAUUCAUAGUCAGAUACACGGUUUAGCAAGGAAGGAAGACAGAACAGAGUCCCCAAGUUGGGUAUGUUGAAUACAGGUUUAGUGGGAAUCUGAAUGGUGUUUUUUUCUUUCUCAAAUGCAUUUUUUUCAUUUGGAUUAUUCAGCUUAAAAUCAGUUUAUUCAAAGCUUAUGGAGGAAAAGAAGCUCCUAAUGUGGAAAGUGUUUGUGUUGGCUUUGUUGUGGUAAGCAAAAAAGGUUGGAUUGGUGUGUUGUUUUACUUGUUUGUAUGAGUGAGCUUCUUCUGUAUUUUUAGACUCUGUUUUUUUCUUA